AUGGGCGUCGGAGCUAAGGUCGAAGGCGCCAAAUCGUCGGAUGGGGCGAAGACAGCCCUGCGAGAAGUGCUGCAUUUGCUGCGUGUCUACUGGGCGCUUUUGCUGGGCAACGUGCUGGAAUGGUACGAGUUCGCCGUGUACAGCUUUUUAGAGCCCUACUUCCAAGAAAACUUCUUCGCGGGCUCGGCCAUCUCCACGUGGCUGGGCUUCGCGUGCACCUUCGUGGCGCGGCCCUUCGGGGGCAUCGUCAUCGGGGUCAUCGGGGACAUCUUCGGCCGCAAGGUCUCCACCUUCCUCUCGAUCUUUGGGAUGCUGAUCGGCACCGUGGGCCAAGGUCUGGUCCCCAGCUACGCCAGUGGACAAGUUGCCGGCACCAUCGGCUUAGUGCUGCUGGUGUCCUUGAGGUUCUUGCAGGGCAUCUGCACAGGCGGCGAGAUCGCGGCGGUGUCCACCUACAUCACAGAGGUGGGGCCGAAGAGCUGCCUGGCGCGGUCCAUGGCCUUGAUCGGCAUCACCUGCAACGUGGGCUUCUUAGCCGCGCAGCUGGUCUCCUACUUGGCGCUGGAGCUCCUCGGGGAGGAAAUGAUGCUGGAGUGGGGCUGGCGCCUACCCUUCCUCAUCGCCGGCAUCCCCGGCCUCAUCGCGACUCUGGGGCGGCGGUGCAUGCCGGAGUCGAACGAGUUUCUGGAGGCGCGAGCCGCGGCGGUGGUCUCGGAGCCGGGAGCUGACGCGGAAGAGGAAGUCAGUGAGUCCAACGGCAGCUCCAGCGAUGUAAAGGAAGGUUCGAAAAGGGCCGCUGCCAGCGCCAAGAUGCGAUCCUUGCUGGGCUCUUAUUGGGGGAACAUUCUGGUCGGCAUUGGCGCGGUGGUGGCGGUGUCUACGCUCCAGUAUGGGGGCCUGGUGUGGUGCAACAUCUUCCUGAAGAAGCGCGGGGCUUCGCCGGAUCAUCUCAUCGCCGCAGGGGUCACGGCGCGGAUUCUCUCCAUCCUGCUGUCGCCGUUCACGGGCUGGCUGGCGGACGUGAAGGGUGUCGCCUGGCUGCAUUUGCUGGGCGCCUUGAUGCUGACCUGUACCGGCCUGCCGCUCUACCUGGUGAUGCUCUGGCAUCCGACCAGCCUGGCUGCGGUGCUGCUGGCCUACGGCGUCGGCUUCGGGGUGAUCUUCGCCUUUACCGGCAUGAUUUUCUUCCUCUACGUGGUGGAGCUGUUCCCUGUGCAGGUGAGGAAUGCGGGGGUCGGCCUCAGCUACAACAUCGGGUUUUGCGCCUUCGGCGGCUUUGCGCCUAUGGUCUUCGAGGCUGCAUACCACGGCUAUCUCUGGGGCCCAGGGUGGCUGCUGUCCCUGGCGGGACUGGUCACUGCCCUUACGACUUUGGUGUCCCUGCGCCUGCAGAAGUCAGGCCGCAUGCAGCUGGUGCACGAAAGGCCGGUGCCCUACUUCUCGCAGUGUGGGUGUGACCCAGUGGCCGAUGCAGAAGUGGAGGAGCAAGCCGACCCGCCGAGUGUCAAGGUUUGA